GCUAGAGGCCCCGUGUCUAGAGCUGCUCUCACAUACGUUGUGCUGGUCUUGGCUAGUGGAGCUAAAGAAUUGGACUAUGCCUGUGAGAGCAGCCAAAACGCUGGAUUUACUAUAGCUGAGAAAUGGAGAUACCCUGAGGAAGACACGGAGCUCAGGGAAGGCCAGAGCAAACCUGUGUGCAUGUGCCUGUGACUUGCUCCUGGGGGCCAGCAGGAGCAGCCAUGGAAGAAACCUACCUGCUGAACGUGGAAGGGGUCAAAAAGAAGAUUCUGCAUGGAGGCCGUGGGGAGCUGCCAAAGCUGCAGGAUGGGAGCAAGAUCACCUUCCACUUCCAGACACUAAAGGAUGACUUUGAGCGGACAGUGAUUGAUGACAGCCGGAAAGCUGGCAUCCCCAUGGAGAUCAUCGUGGGCAAGAUGUUCAAGCUGGAGAUCUGGGAGACGCUGCUCAGCUCCAUGAGAGUCGGGGAGGUGGCAGAGUUCUGGUGCGACGCCAUUCACACAGGCAUGUAUGCCCUGGUCUCCAGGGGCAUGCGGAGGAUCGCGGAGGGCCGAGACCCCCUAGAAGGGCAGAAGCACCGCUGUGGCAUGGGCAACAUGUUUGACUACCACAGCAUGGGCUAUGGUGACCUGGAUGAGCUGCAGCGGACACCACAGCCUCUCAUAUUCAUUAUGGAGCUGUUCCGGGUGGAGGAGCCCUCAGCAUACAAGCGUGACACCUGGGCCAUGAGUAAGGAGGAGAAGCUGGCAGCAGUGCCUGUGCUGCACAGCGAGGGCAACCGCCAUGUCCUCCGCAAGGAGUUUGGGCAGGCAGCGGUGAAGUACCAGGAGGCUGUCAUCUGCCUGAGGAACCUCCAGGCUAAGGAGAAGCCAUGGGAGGAUGGCUGGCUGAAGCUAGAGAGCCUGGUCACACCACUGGUGCUCAACUACUGCCAGUGCCAGAUGGAGCUGGGCGAGUACUACGAGGUGCUGGAGCACACGACGGAGCUACUCCAGAAACACAAUGACAACGCCAAGGCCUAUUUCAAGCGGGCGAAGGCCCAUGCUGCUGUCUGGAAUGAGCGGGAGGCACGGGAGGAUUUCCUGCAGGUGGCUCACCUCGACCCCUCCAUGGCAGCUGCUGUGAAGAAGGAGCUGAAGCAGCUGGGAGAGAGGAUGAGGAAGAAGCAUGUGGAAGAUCAGAAGCGCUACCAGGGGCUCUUCCAGCCACCCCAGGGGCCACGGGCCAGUGAGGGGCAGGAGAACACGGUGAGGGGUGACAGGGCGAUGCUGUGGGAAGAGGCACCCCAGGGUGAGGCUGGGGUCCUGGCAACCCCUGGGCAGGAGGAGCAGGGUGCGGGGACCAAAGAAGCAGAACAACCAGGGGCUGACCAAGCAGAACAAGGGACUCCCGGGACUGGGUGUGAAGGGGUAGUGCCAGGAGGAGCAGUAGCCCAGGGGCUGCUUGUGGGGGUGGAGGUGAAAGCAAGAGAUGGGAUGGGACUGGAGGAAGAAGCAAACCUGGGCACCUGUGGGGCAGAGCCAGAGAGCUGGGGAGCAGAGAGGGGGGCAGAGGAGAAGGAUAAGAAAGAGGAGGAGGGGGGAGAGGAGGAAGAGGAAAAGGUGGAGGAAGAUGAAGAGAGCCCAGUAGCAGAGAUGGAAAAGCUGGCUGUAGGGCAAUGUGGGGCAGCAGGGCUUGGGCAGGGGCUAGAGCAGGGAGCCAGUGGAGCAAAGGGAGCUGGCACAGGGACUGUGGCUGUGGCUGAGCCAGGCAGAGCCCCAGAGCUGGGGGCCCCCAGCAAAGGGCUGGGGGCAGCCGAGGGGCCCCCAGAGCUGGAGGAUGAAACAUUCAGAGAGGUGCUGGAAGAGAGGAACUGUGGGGAGCAGCGAGCAGGCAGCAGCCAAGGAAAUGCUGGAGAAGGCAACAUCCCCCCAGAGAGCUUCACCCACAGGGGAGUGUUCUAGACCAGGCACUCAGGGGCAGACAAGGAGCUGGGUGGAGGGGCAGAAGUACCCCAGUGCCCCAUAGCAGCCUGGGAAGGGGGUGAUUCACCCCCCAUGGAGGUCAGCAAGAACAGAGAGGUCAGGGCCAUGACCCUGGGGCACAGCCAGCCCUGAGCAGUGCUGGUUACCCCUGGAUGGGGGAAAAGCUGCCGGACCACUGAGGAUGAGGCACUGCACAGGCAGCGGGGCUGCUAUAACCUGAGAGCGAGCCCUAGGGCUGGGGCAUGGCCCUGCCGUGACACAGGAAUAAUGCUGUCCUCACCCUGCCGCUGCUGGGACCACCAGCUCUGCUGUGCAGCAGCAACUGCUGCUUCCCUGCCCUGACUCAUCGGCUCCAGCGCCUUUCAGCUGCGCUCCGCUGAGCUUUGCUGUCUGAGAAAUAAAAGCUCUUC